AGGAGGAGUUAUGCGGGCUCCCGGGCAGCGCUCCCGGCUCGGGGCAGAGCAGGUGGAGGGGAACGGGCGAUGGAGCGGCUGAGCCAGCGCUGCCCGAGCCGCGGCACCGCGCUGCUGGCGGUGACGCUGUCUUUGCUGAUGUACCCAGUGCUGAGGAGCCUGGCUCUUCAGCUGCACUCUGCCAUCACCGGCAGUUACGUCUCUGGGACACACUCCGUUGCCUUCAUCAACUGUCUCAACGAGCAGAUCGCCAAGGAUAUUGCGAGGGCCAUCAUGGAUAAGAAGCUGGCUGCCUACGUGAACAUCCUACCGAAGAGCUCGGCUUUGUAUUUCUGGAAAGGGGAAUUGGAAGAAUCCAGUGAAAUAUUGCUGUUAGUGAAAACAAGGACGUCCAAAGUAGGCGAAUUGUCCGACUACGUCAGGUGAGGCUCUGGCUCCGCGGGAGCACUGGGUCUCCUGUCCAAGAUCCAUCCAUCCCUUUGAAAUUCCUGAAAUCAUCAGUCUGCCUAUUGACCAAGGAAACCCUCUCUACCUCAAAUGGAUAGAGGAAAGCGUCCCACGGGACUAACUGAAGUGGGCAGAAAGCACUUUGCUUUCAUGGGGAGCAGGAGAAAUGUGCUGAGCUGUGCUGGUCCCCCUGUGCAGGCAGGAGUUAUGCACACAUGGGGAGGCAGUUUAUAUCUUCACAGGUUUGCUCUAACACAAAAGCUUGGGAUUCGGAAUUUUGUUUGCACUCCAAACAUCCUGUGCUCAGCCUGACCCUGUGCUCCAGGGAGCACCGAGCAGCCCGGAGAUGGCAGAGGCCAAAGUAGGGAAGGGCUCAUGCACCAAGGGCUGUUGCAGCAUUGGGGAUGAGGAUACACAGAGAUGCUCAUGUCAGGACACUGCAGCAUUUGGGGGCCGUCUCAGGCCCCCAGCAGCAAAUGCCAGCUGGCAGCCUUGGCCUGGCAAACCCCAGCAGCUCCUCCAGCACCUGAAACCCAUCCUGGCCUCCCCCUGCUUCCCCACUGCGGCUGUCGCAGCAUCCUGCCCUGCUCUGCUUCCCACUUCCCAGCCUGGAGGCAGCAGGAUGUGGCCAGGCACCCUGCGGUGCGCUGGCUGAUGCUCUCUCCUGCUGUCAUCCAACAUGCUGGUUCGAGUCAUACAGAAUCCAAGGAAACAGCAAACUCGAGCAGAUGCUGCGUUUACCAGGAGCCACGAGCAGCACAUGCACUGACCUUGCCCUGCCUGCUGAGCCGGGAAGAGCUGGGCCGAGCUAGGCAACAGCCACUGCCAGCGCAGGGAAACCAAGCGCCAGCAGGACCAAGGCAUCACAUACCCUGCCCACGCCUGAACAGGGGCUUUCUGCGCAGGCCAAGUGUAAGCUUAUAACAGGACACUCAUGUUGAUAGUUCAAUGGAAUAUAACUUAGAGAGCAAUAUUGAGUUAUUUAUGUGACUGGAAAGGGAAUAAACAAGAGCAUUUCUUACCUGGA